AUGCCCCGUUGCGCCCUUGUCACCGGCUGCAGCGCCGGUGGGAUCGGCUCGGCCCUAGUGGAGGAGCUUCAUGCCCACGGGCUGAGAGUCUACGCGACCGCUCGCUCCCCAGCCAAGAUGAAUCACCUUGCUAAACUUCCCCGUGUUACUCUUGUGACGCUCGACGUCGUCAACCCGGCUAGCAUUGAUGAUGCUGUGAAUACGAUUCGACAGGACUUAGCCUCACAAGGUGAUACCCUUGACAUCCUCAUCAACAACGCCGGUCAAUCCCUCGUCUAUCCUGCGCUGGACACCUCCAUCGACGAGGCCAAGCGCCUGUUCGAUGUCAAUUUCUGGGGUGUCGUCGCUAUCACCCAGGCGUUCAUGCCAUUACUACAGGCGGCUGGGAAUGGCAGUACCCUUGUGAACGUGUGCUCCAUCUCGGGCUUCUUGUAUGCCCCCUGGAUGAGCAUUUACAACGCCUCGAAAGCCGCGCUAAUGUCUUGGAGCGAGACCCUUCGGCUGGAACUACAGCCCUUCAACGUGCGGGUUAUCUCUCUGGUUACUGGCAGCGUCGCCACCAAUGUCAUGUCGCAUUCGAACCUGAGCCUGCCUGAAGGCUCGCUCUACCUCAAGGCACUUCCAGAAAUUCAAACACGCGGUGUCGGGAAGGAUGUCUCAAAUAAAACUGCGCCCGAUGACUUUGCCCGCGCGGUUGUUAAGGAUAUCUUGAGUGGAGGCUCAGGUCCAGUGUGGCGUGGGGCUAUGGCUUUCUCGGUCAGGCUCAUAUCUAAGUUCAUGCCGACCAGUAUCUUGGAUCGAGCCAUGAAGGGGGGCACUGGGCUGGAUAAGCUGCCUUGAAAAACUAUCGCAUGAUCAGGACAUUAUCACUACGUCCGCUGAGGAUAUGAUUACAGCCAUAGUUCCUACUUCGGCUUAUUCCAUAUAGGGCAGCCAAUUUCCGGAGUAGAUGGUGAUGGCGGUUGUCGCUAGGCUGCCUCUCAUCGCCCACCUCGAUGGCCUUAGCUUGUUACUCAGAUAGCCUCACGUAGCUAGAAUCCACCACUCAUCGACGUCCUCAUCAGGUGGCCUACU